CCAUUUACCCUCAUCUUCCCUUUCCCUUACCUUCCACCAUUCCCUAUGUAAAAUAAAAACAUAAACAAUGAACUCGUCGGCGCCGUGAAGACGCCGGAUUUUAUAGCAUACCAGGAUAAAUAAAAAAUCCUGCCAGCUUGCACGCUAUUUUAGGGAAGUCAAUGAAGAUUUCAAAACCCUUAUUCCUACCAUCUCUUUUGUUGUUACUAGUUUCUGUAAUUAUAGCCUAUGUUUUUCUUACAACACCUCAAAAUUCAAAGGAAAUCAUCACUUCAAUGGAAAAAGCAGCAGAAAAUAAUGUCACACCUAUCUCAGAAAUUCAUGGAGUCAAGAUUCAGAAGAACCCUCCUCAGUCUAAGCUUGAUGACCUUCAAGUCACCACUUGGCCCCAGUGGAGUUCUCAACCAAGCAUAAUUCCAUGGACUUUUGAAGCGGAGGAGACAAUGUACCUGCUGGAAGGUAAAGCCAAGGUUUCAGUUGAUGGACAUGACGGAUCUUUCGAAAUAGAAAGUGGUGACAUGGCUGUGUUCCCUAAAGGAUUGAAGAUUACUUUUCAAGUGCUUGAAGCUGUGAAUAAGCAUUAUCACUUGAAAAAGUAAAUUAAUGUAAAUGAUUUUACACAUUCCAUGAAGAUAUAAUGCCCUUGCUACUGUGAUCCUUGUGUUCCGGUUGUAGAGCUGGUUGGCGGUCCUGCGAAGAGUCCGCCAAGCAGUGGAGUAAGCGUAACACCUUGGAUACAAGUAUGAUAUGUUGCCCCAUUUUCAAGCUUGCUAUCUGGUAGUGUUACUACUUACUAGUGCGUAUAUUAUGUUUAUGUGGAUUGAAAUCUGGCUUCUUGAGCAUAUCAUCAUUGAAAAAUUCAGUUUUAAAUUGUGAA